ACCACAUACGCUGCUUGGGUCCUUUCAUAACAACAUCAUGGCUGCCCUCUGUAGAGGCAGACACAGGUGGAAAAGGAUAAAUUGUUUUCAUGUUUUCACAAGGAGCUUGACAGGGAAGUACGACUAUGACCUGGUGGUUAUCGGUGGAGGUUCAGGAGGCCUUGCAUGUUCCAAAGAAGCGGCUCAGUUGGGACAGAAGGUUGCAGUUUUAGAUUACGUGGAGCCAUCUGCUAAAGGUACCAAGUGGGGACUGGGAGGCACAUGUGUAAAUGUUGGCUGUAUUCCUAAGAAGCUUAUGCACCAGGCUGCUCUACUUGGCACUGCGGUGAAGGACGCUAAGAAAUACGGAUGGCAGAUCUCAGGACCAAUCUGCCAUGACUGGUCCACCAUGGCAGAGGCUAUUCAAAACCACGUCAGGUCUCUGAACUGGGGUCACAGAGUUCAGCUCCAGGACAAGAAGGUGAAGUAUCUGAAUCUGAAAGGAAGUCUGGUGGAUGAACACACCGUGAAAGGACUCACCAAAGCAGGGAAAGAGACCAUCCUGACCGCCAAGAACAUUGUGAUCGCUACAGGCGGACGACCUAAAUACCCCACGAAUAUUCCUGGAGCCAUGGAGCAUGGACUCACCAGUGACGACAUCUUUUGGUUGAAAAAGUCGCCUGGGAAAACACUUGUGGUUGGAGCCAGCUAUGUGGCUCUGGAGUGUGCAGGCUUCCUCACAGGCAUCGGUUUGGAUACCACAGUGAUGGUCCGCAGCAUCGCCCUCCGGGGGUUUGACCAGCAAAUAGCCAGCCUGGUCACAGACUACAUGGAGGCUUAUGGGACCAAGUUUGCAUGGAAGUGUGCCCCAAAGAGAGUGGACAAACUGUCCUCAGGAGCUCUACAGGUGACCUGGACCGACACCAACACAGGCAGCGAACACAGUGACACCUUUGACUCUGUGUUGUGGGCUGUUGGCAGAGCCCCUGAAACCAAAGCUCUGGGCCUGGACAAGCUUGGCGUACAACUCAACAAGGAGACGGGGAAAAUAGUCGUGGGCGCCAACGAAUCCACAUCAGUGCCAAAUAUCUAUGCUUUUGGCGACAUCGGAGAGGGUCGUCCUGAAUUGACCCCAACAGCCAUUAAAGCAGGAAAGCUUCUCGCCCGGAGACUGACCGGUCACAACACCGAGCUCAUGAACUACGACAAUGUAGCCACCACAGUGUUCACCCCCCUGGAGUACGGCUGUGUGGGUCUAUCUGAGGAGGAGGCUGAGAAGAGGCAUGGAAAAGACGGCAUAGAAGUCUACCAUGCUUUCUACAAGCCUCUGGAAUUCACUGUGGCCGAGCGUGAUGCCAGCCAGUGUUACUUAAAGGUGGUGUGUGAGCGGGGCGGAGACCAGAAGAUCAUCGGUCUACAUUUCACAGGUCCAAACGCUGGAGAGGUCAUGCAGGGCUUCGCUCUGGGCUUCCAGUGUGGAGCAACAUAUUCCCACCUGUUGCAAACCGUAGGCAUCCAUCCAACCUGUGCCGAGGAGCUCACCAAGGUCAACAUCACAAAGCGCUCCGGGUUAGACGCCAUGGUAACGGGCUGCUGAGGUUAAGCACCUCGGUCUGUGAACAUAAGUGAGCACACAGGGUCCCUCUGUGGCAGUAGAGAGGUUAGCCUGGGUUAGUCCUGCUCUUUCUCCUCGUCCCCUCUUCAUCUCUUUGGCCCCCGAAUGGCCCCCAGUUUCACAUUGCUCUCUGAGGUUUUGCUGCACCUUUUGUGUAACAGGGUUUCUUUACAGGGCAGUCAUGCAGGUCAUCACUGGCUGCCCAGGUUGUCAUUUGAUAACCUCGGCUAUGAUUAUAGCAUAUACAAGCCUGCUGUGAAUAUAUGCUAUGGGAGCACGGACGAUAGAUCAGGUCGGUGAGAGCUCUGGCCGCAGAGCGAGCGUCUUUUAAAUAAACAGGCUCAUCAAUCAGGAUUAAGGUCUGUGCUCAGAGUUUUGUUGAAAUCAUACGAGAACCACGGCCCAAGCCUGAAUGUUUUUCUGAAUAUAUAUUCUACAAAUAUUGUUGUUUCUCUGGCUGUACUUCCUGUCCAUUAGUCUUGGAGGUGACACAUACCACGCACUCCACCCCCAAUGACACUGAUGGAUAGCCCCAGGGCCGUCGCUGCAGUGACACCGCCCCAUUUCCCAUGGACACACACAAACAGUCGGUGGGCUGCCUGUCAGUCAGACAGCUAAGACCUGUCCAGGGAGCCUUGACUUGUUGAGGCAGCAGACUCUGUCCUUCUACUCCCAUGCCUGUCUGUAGCCUGAUGCAUAAAAGAAUACACCGAUACUGUGAACAUGAGCUGUCAAAAGCUGUGUCAGUACCACAGCACAGGCUCGGGCAACUUGGCUCAUUGAUUACAGCACUAUGAAAAACUCUGCACUGCUCAUCCUCACCUAAAGGUGGCACUAUUGCCCUCCUGUUCUCCCCUCUUUCACUGAGCCAAGGAUAGAAGAUAGGAUAAGGUAGUCACUGGAUAAAACUUAAGCCUGAAUACAUUCAGGUUGCACAUUUAAUCCCUUUAAUCCCUAUAAAAGAUAUGUGCUUUUGGAUGAAGUUUGAAAGCAGAUUGGCUUUAAAGGUGCCAAACUGAUAAGGGUUAUCUGUUGUGUAUUUACAUGGAUGGCAGGUUUGGUCUAAAAGUCAUCACCCUGGAAGAUAAGGCGACUUGUUUAUAUCAAUAAAGCAGUAAUAGACCCCAACAGUUUGCCAAAGUGCUGAACCUGCUGCCUGCCCCGGACAUCUUGGGUUUAUUAGGAGGAGGCGAACUGUUAAUACAGCACGUUUAUUACAGAAAUCUAGAGAACCAAGAGGAGGCUGCUAGGCGUAGUUUAUUUUUAUUUGAAGUCUAAUCUGCUCAGGCUGAUUAAUGAUUUCGAUGAGGGGAGUGACAGUGUGCCAGGAGAUGGAGAGAGGAAAAAGAGAGAGAGAGGGGUACCAGGUUUAUUUGGACCUUAGCCAGAGAAGAGAGAGGGAGCUGAUUUUCAGGCCUGGUUAGGGAGGGAAGGGGGAUUCCUGUGUGCUCUGUUCAGGGCCGAGGUGCUGACUGAAGGACCCUGACCCCCGCUCAGCAGGAACAGCUUGACUCUAUCACUCGGAGCACAGAGGGCUCACAUGCUGCGGUGCUGCACGGCAGGGGCCUGGGGGAGCUCGGGCGGAGGGUAGAGAGGGGGGGGGGUAGGAUGGCCAAGAGACGAACAGAUCCAACCCGCCAGCCAACCAACACAACACUGAGCGGUAGCGGUGUGUUUGCCCAGAGUAAUUGAGUCUAUGUUCCUGUGCUUAACGAGUCACUUCAGAGACCUCAGGGUGGGCCCAAGGCACCGAGAGGGAAGUUAUUGAGGCCAUCAGUGUAACUGUAAUGUCUGUUUGCUUUUUACCCUCCACUUCCCCUCUCCGUUUUCUCCUCUGCCAUGUUGUUUUUUACACACUUUGGCUGCUCACGCACAAAAUUGAAUAGUCCAUAUUUAAUUUUCUAUGACCUGUCUGAGCUGAAGGAUAUCUGUUCAUUGUUGUGUAUCAGACUCUCCAGGCCCAAGUCUUGCAGCAUCAGCCUCAGCCAUGCCCCCGGGGGGUCAGGGUUCAACUUUCAGGUCGGCCAGCUAAUGAUGACCUGCACUAAAACCCAAACCUGGGGAGUGCAGGCCUGAUGUCACCUGGCCGACAACUUUACCAUUUGUAAAUAGAGAAGUGUCAUUUUCAACUUAAGCUUUGUGAUAAAUAAUUUAUAUGUAAAGUAAUAACACACUGAAAUGCACAGUGUCACCAUUAAAGUAAUGAUGUCUGCCA